AUGCUGAAGGAACGGGACGACCAGGAGCAGGAGAUAUGCAAAGCGCCUUCACCGUCGUCGACGGAGGAAAGGAAGCUGCAGGACUCGGAUGUGGAUCCCGUCGGAUCGCAGCGCGUGUACAAGAAAACUUCCUCCAAUCAACUGCUGACGCUGUACCUUGGCAGCCGGGAGCUGGUCGCGCGGAAGGGCAUCAUCGAACCGCUCAAGGGCGUGCUUUACAUCGAUUCCAAAAUCAUCAAUGAGGCUAAAAUUUACGGUCAGCUAACGCUCACGUUCCGCUACGGGCGCGAAGAUGAGGAGGUUAUGGGGCUAAAGUUCUGCAAUGAAGCCGUCAUUGCCCUGCAGCAGUUUUGGCCGAGACCGGCCAGCAUCGAGGCGGACCCGCUGACGCCGCUUCAGGAGGCACUGUUGGAGCGCCUCGGCAAGAAUGCGAUCCCUUUCUCGCUGGAAAUCGGCACCCUAGCGCCACCAAGCGUACAGCUGCUUCCAGCCAAACGAUACACCGGAGCACCCAUCGGUACCAGCUACGACAUUCGCGUCUACACGGCCGAAGCGUCCGGUGACGAACGUGUCCAGCGAAGAUCAACUGUGAGAUUAGGUAUAAGAUUAAUCCAUAAGAUCUGCCUUGAUAGCACCAAAGCACCGGCCGCCCUCGAGACGGCCACGGUCAACAAUUCCUUCGGUGAGUCGACCGGCCCGAAAAGCCCACUAGCCCUUGCGCCCCAGGGCUCGACGGACGGGAAUGCCAACAGCACGAACACCAUCAACACAAGCAGCAGCAGCAGCACUAGUACUACCAUUCCUCGGGCGCUUCGGUUGCGGCUUUCACCGAAAUCGCUCAAAUUGUCCUCGCUCCACCGGCACAGCAGCAGCGUCGACAGCACGAACGGGGGCAUUAAGUCGUACGGCGAUCACGCCAUCAUCGAGCUGACGGAAACGAACAAGGGACCGCAAGUGUCCGUCGACAAACCGUUCCUGUGGGCGGACGGGCGCGUCAACCUAAAGGCAUCGCUCAACAAGGCGGCGUACGUGCACGGCGAAAACGUUACCGUCACGCUUGACAUCAAAAACGACAGCCGAAAAAUUGUGCGGAAAAUUCGGCUGGUCGCCGUGCAGCACGUUGACGUGUGCAUGUUCAGCAAUGGCAAGUUCAAAAACAUCGUCGCCGAGGUGGACGUCAGCAAACACAUCGGUCCGGGUGAUACGCUCCACGCGUCCUACUCGCUGCUUCCGGUUCGAGGUACCACGAAAAACUGGAUCGCCGUAGAAGGUGCCUUAUUCAGCAGCAACAGUGCCGAUCCGAGCUCGUCCGCUUACAACUCCAAGCUAGCAACGAGCGCACCUCGCGGCAUGCUAUCAGUGUCAGCCAGCUCAACCGAGGAGAAGAACGUGUUCGCCAUCUACGUGUCGUACUACGUCAAGGUGAAGCUCAUCCUCAGCAGUAUGGGCGGUGAAGUCUCCCUUAAGCUACCCUUCGUUCUCGGCAACGUGGAGCUAAGCAAUCCGGACGUCACCCGGCCACCCGAUACUCUGAGUGGUCUGAAGAAACUACGCGAACUACGCCGCAAGUCAUCGACCACCAUCGCGACCAAUGGAGGUGUCAGUGGUAGCCUCGAUUUUACGCCCUGCCGAUCACCGCUUUCGAAGGAGCUCAGUCUCCGUGACAUGGACGACCCACCGAUGGACGUUGAGGACAUGAACCCGGGCACCGGCAGGAUACGUACGCUCAACCAGCACAAUCAAUCCAUCACCGGGCAGGUCGGAAGCAUCUCACCGACAAACCGGAGCACCGGAACGAGCGCCGAUGGUGAGCAGCAGGCCACAAUCAACAGCCGCCGGGAGCUGUUCAAGAACUCCAAGUUCAACGACAACCUGAGCAGUACAAUCGACAUCAUCACCGAGGACUUCCAGACGAUCACGGCCAACAUCUCGAGCCUGAUCGCGAAGUCGGACUCGAGCAAGUCCAACCUGAACGAGGUCGGGUUGUCCUGCAAUCAGGAGAUCAGCGUCGAGGCACAAAUCCACUGUCCCCAGUCGGUUGGAGAAGCCACGCAGGACGAGGCCACCGGUAGCCGGGGCGCCUCACCCCAACGAUCACCCCAGCGGGUGUAACGCGCCCAAGUGUGUGUGUGUGAUUGUUUGUGUGAAUGUGUGU